UAUUUGCUGCAAUACCGUUUCCGAAAAGGCGACCUUUUCCUCUUUCUAUUCGCUCUUGUCUCGAGUGUUUUGCAAUUAGCCAACAGUAGUGGUUAUUUCUUUCCGUAUAUAUCACAAGUGAAUCUUUGUUGCUCGCCAGUGUUUCAUACCGUUGUCCAAAAUCAUUGCAACUUGUUGCAGUGAACGUUACUUAAACAUACAGAUAUCCGCUGUGGAGGAAUAUUCACGCAGCUGUUUCGACCCAAACACAGGGUUAUUGUUGGGACUUGAUCAUGACACUGUGAUUGAUUCUCUCUCUUAACAAAGACACACAUGGCAACUGCCAAAAAAGCUUCCGCUAAGGUGGGAGGCAUUCGCUUUGCCGAGGAAAAUGCUGCUUCUGCCGCUCACUCCCACGUACACUUUGAUGAGAAGCUACACGACUCUGUUGUCAUGGUGAUUCCUGAGUCUGAUGGGAACUUCUUAGUUAAGGUGGGCUUCUUGAAGACUCAACAUAGGUAUGAAAUUGUCUUCACAUUGCCAGAAGUUCCAGGGCUUGGGAAAGAUGUGUGUCCUGCUCCUGUGCCCAACCCAUACCUUCAGAUAAAAGAUCUUACUUCAGCCCCUUGUGGAGGUUUGAAGGUGACUUGUGAGUAUGUGGCUCACAAGGAGGGGGUGCUGUGUGAGGAGAUGCUAAUAGUCAGUGAAAGCAAAGAGGAUGUGUGCCUGAAGGUGAAAGUUCAUUCCCGUGUUAUGGAUCGACACCAUGGGACACCAAUGUUGUUAGAAGGUGUACGGUGUGUUGGAGCUGAGCUUGAGUAUGACUCAGAGCAAAGUGAUUGGCAAGGAUUCGACUAAUUGGUGAUCUGUUCCUCUCAGAUAUACAGUGAUACAGUUUGAUUGUUUGAAUAAACACAUACAUUUUACAUUUACAGUAUUGUGCAAAAGUCUUAGGCAUCCUAAAGUUAAAGAAAGCACCAUCAUAUAUUACAGUCCAAUUUUCAGACAAAAACUUUUAAAUUAAAUGUUGCAGGGUUGAGCAUGCAAUAUAAGAAGAGAGUAUGACAGUGAGAAGUGAGUAUGAGUAAGUCUCCAGAUAAACUGCAGCAGGUUCUCCAUGAUUCUUAGUGAAACUUAACAGCCCAUUUCUUUAUAAAUCUGUGCACAUAGUGUUUUAUGUAGUAAUGUUUAAUUGUAUCUUUUGCCUUAGAGCAGUGCUUUGGAUGUUUCUUGUACUUUUGCACAGUACUCUGUGUGUAUUUGUGCAUGCGUGUGUGUUCAUUUUAAUAGGUCCUCUUGUGCUGCACAUUCAUGUAUUUAUAUGAUCAGCCAAUCAUGUGACAGCAGUGCAGUACAAAAAAACAUGUAAACAUUAGCUGAAGCUCUUGAUCUGUCUCUACAUCAAACGUCGAAAAUGUGGUCUCUGUGACUUUAAUUGUGACAUGGAUUUUGGUACCAGAAGGGCUGAUUUAAGUAUAUCAAAUACUGCUAAUCUCCUGGAAAUUUCACAAACAACAGUCUCUAUAGUUUACACAUAUAGUGAGUGACAGUUCUGUUAGGUGGAAAUGCCUUGUUGAUAAGUGAGGUCAGGGGAAAAUGGGCAGUUUGGUUUGAGCUGCCAGGAAGGAUACAGUCAUUCAAAUAAUCACUUUUUACAACUGAGGUGAGCAAGAAAGCAUCUCAACAUGUGCAGAACAUCAGACCCUGAAGUGGAUGGGCUACAGCAGUUUACAAACUUAUUGAGUAAGCUGAGAACAGGAAUCUGAGGGACAGACUUGCACAAACUAGACACUUGAAAAUUAGAAAAGAAAAUCACCUGGGUAAGGAUUAGGGAAGACUUUUUCGAGUCUUAACUCCUAAUGUCCAGUUUCAGCUUUUAUGCUUAUCAUGUAAAAAGUUCUUAUUUGAGUUACUAUAACUUCCUAUCAAACCAGUCUGCUCAUUAUCCAUUAUGCUCAUUAUCCUGUGAACCUCACGGGAUGUUUUUCAUACCAAUCUAUGUAUAUAUAUAAUUUUUCUUCCAGGGGGAUGGGUCUGGGUAAGUUUGUAUUUUGUAUUUUUUCCACUAUGACGGCUUGUACAGACAAAGUACAUGUGGACAAAGUACAUGUACAAAUGGUAAGCAUAUACUGUGUCUGCCUUUUUUAAGUUUUAGUCACCAUUAUUCAAAUUGUCAUUUCACUGUUGUAGAAAAUGAUUAUAUAAACUAUGGGCAGUAUUCCCUCUUGUGUCUCACUUGGUACACAUCAAGGGCUCAUUCAUUAUAUAAAAUGUAGUACUUCUUUUUAUAUUUAAAGUUAAUGGGUUAUAUUAAUUUAAGUAAACCUAAGUGCCUGAAUCAUGUUUUUUUCAGUUAUAAUUUUUCAUGAGGCCCAGUAACUGUAUUUUCUCAAAUUAAUUCAAAAUGUGUGAGGCCUUACUUAUGCAUAGCAAUGUGACAAUUCUUUUCUUAGGUUACUUUAAUGCUUGUCAAAGGUUUGUGAAUGCAUGUUAUUUGUGCAACAUGAUUCUUCAAUGUGAGAUAUACUAGAAUGUACAAGAUGUUGGGUGUUUGUGUGUUAAUUAUAUAUGAAUGCAGAAACGUCUGGUUUGAUAUAAAUACAACACACAUUUAUUGAAUGUCUGCUGUUAUUCUUUUUUAUUCUUUAAAUAAAGAAGAAUGUUCACUAUA